AUGCGCCCGUCGAGACUGUGCGCAUUGGUUGCCCUGUGCUUUCAGCUUGGACUUGCUUUGCGAGAUCGAGAUGGCGGCGGAUCGAGGAGCAAGCUCGGACCGGACGUCGCUCAGAAGGAGGGCAUCUUGCCUGGCCCCAAGCUCAGACUCCAACUUCCGGAAGACACGGAAUGUGACAAUGCUGUAGAGGUCGCGUGGCAGCUUGGCCAGCUGGGCAUUAAAGGCGAAGGCACACCAUGCGGCUGGCAUGGCAUCAUCUGUGAGAUGGAGACGUGCGAAGUCAUAGAGAUCGCGAUCUCUGAUGCCGCUGGCGACAUUGCUGCUUUGAAGCCUCUGCAGGAAUUGCGGGUCUUAGUGCUUCACGGCCCCCGUGUUGUUGGAGAUCUCUUGUCUCUACGCGGCCUGACCAAGCUCGAAUCCCUGACCCUGCACAGUGUGCAGGUCUCGGGAGACCUCUCUGCUUUGGAGAACCUUACGGAGCUCCAAACUCUGUAUUUGAGACACGCCCCGAUGUCUGGAGACUUCUUGGGCUUGCGGAGCUUGGUGAAGCUUGAGACGAUGUAUCUUCAGAACCUGCAAGGCUCCGGAGACCUCGCUAGCUUUCAAAACCUCAGAGUGCUUGGCUCUCUGCACCUGGAGGAGUGUGGGAUUUCGGGCGACCUUUCGGGUCUGAAAGGACUCACACAGCUCCUGAGUUUGCACAUUCACCACGAGAAGGUUUCGGGAGACAUGUCCAAUAUUGAAGAACUGCGGAAGCUUCAGUGGCUGACUCUGAGGGGGACUCUCAUCUCCGGCGACAUGGCUCUCUUGCCACGUUUGCCCGAGCUUCAGUUUCUGGAUCUGGAAGCCAGCCAGCUGUCGGGGGAUAUCUCUGGCCUGCAGCACCUGACAAAGCUGAAGGAUGUUUACCUCAAACGAAACCGCGGAAUCGGGGGAGACCUCUCUGGGUUACAAAACCUCACUAUGCUCAGGAUCUUGCACAUCGAGUACACCAAUGUUUCUGGAGACAUCUCCAACUUGCAGAACAUGAGCCAGCUCCGUCAGGUAAACAUCGAGGGAGCCCCCGAGAUCUGCGGGUCUUUGUCAGGAAUAGAGAACCUCAGGAGGAUGAGAGAGCUGAAUUUGGAGAAGGCCAGGAAGGUCACCGGCAAACUGAAGGACUUGCAAUAUUUCCCACACCUCCACUUCGUGAGACUCAGCGAGACAGGCAUCGAAGGCCGCCUCAAUGGCUUGAGGUACCUGACAAAGUUGGAGAGGGUUUACAUGGCCGGCACCGAAGUCACUGGCGAUAUCAUGGCCUUGAGACAUUUGCCGAAGCUGGAGGUUGCGGAUCUAUCGAAGACCCGGGUGUAUGGUUGGCUUUCCCCGAAGUGGCUAGGAUGCUGCCAAAGCUUGCGAGAGCUUUUGCUUGCCGACAGCCGCGUCGGCGAUGAGCCCAUACCACCGGCGUUCAUCAGCAUCUCCACGAAGCCGCGCUUGCUCCCUGCACUUCAGGCUUUGGAUGUGAGCCGCUGCCUCUUUCGAGGCACUGUCGCACAGCUACUUGUGCCGCUUGCUGAGACACCCCUGGCAAGCAUCGCUGCCGCUGGAAAUGGACUCCAAGGCGACAUGCCCAAUCUGAACGCUAUGCGUCUUGAGGUAGACGGAGCUCUUUUUGAGGUCUGGGGCAGCUUGCUCUCUGAAUCCUUGCGUGCGCUGGAUCUCUCUGGCAACAAUGUGACGUCCCUGUCCAUACUCCCUCUGAAGCUGCUGCGGAUGGACUUGAGCCGCAACAUGGGCCCCUUGGUCAUCAGCCCUUUGGUUCUCACGGAAGCGGUGAAGAAGGAGGUCGACCUGAACCUCUAUCGUACCAGGCUUGCGAAUCGCGAAGAAGUGGAGCCUCUCUUGCGGAAGGAGCUGAAGCUGCAGGAGACGAGGUCCCCUCCGGAGGAGAAUGCCGGCUAUGCCUGCAUUGACUUGGCAGCGACCAACCUCCGCGUGACGCCCGACCGCUUCCUGCCAGAGCAGAUGUGCGUGUGUCGUCCGGGCCACAAAGGCUUUGGCACCAACUGCAGCAGCUGUCCUGCAAACACCUUCAGUGAUACGGAGAAUCAAGCCGAGUGCAACGCCUGCCCGCAGCACAGCUCGGCACCGCCGGCGGCAAGCUCCUUGCAGGCUUGCGAGUGCACCUUCGGAACAGCGAAAGGCGAGAAGACGAAUGCAAGUUGCCAGUGUGAGGCGCACACAGCCUUGCUGAAAGGCCGCUGCGAGGUCUGUAGCAAGUUACACCUUCGCUGCCCCGAGCCCGGAGCCACGGCCAGCACCGCAAAAGCGGCGCCGAACUUUGCCCGCCUGGCGCCUCACGCAGAGGAAGUCUUCAAGUGCCUGGAUGCUGGUCGCUGCACAGACGCGGCCGAGUCAGGUUGCGCAGAUGGAUAUGACGGGCCUCUCUGCCUGGAAUGUGCCAGCGGCUACCGUGCUUCUAAACAGCACUGCGUCCCGUGCCAGGGAGCCUUAGGCGCUCGGACAAAGGCGUUCGCUCUCGUUUUCAUUUCGGGUGCUUUGCUCUUGGCGGCCUUUGCUGGCGUCGCCUUUCUCUUCAGGACACGCGCAGCGCACCUUGGCCCGAGCCUCUGCGAGUGCCGGCGCCUCCUCACGGCUCAGGCACCUGUGCUGCUGCAAUUGGCUCAGCUUUGGGUCGUGCUGGCGCAGCUGGCGAGAACGGCGCCGAUGCACGAGGAACUGCAAGCGGAGGCAGCUCAUCGUGGUGACUGGUUUUUCUCGUACGUGGAAGUCUCCCAGCUGACGCCGGCAGAGCUGCAAAACUUCCUGGCUCUUCAGUGCCGCUUCCAUGGGCCCUCAGUUCGAUGGUUCUUCGCUCUCGCCACUCCAGUGUUGCCCCUUCUCGUUCUGGCGAGCUGCACCUGCUUGGAGCUCUGCACCCACGGCAACGGGAUCCGCGUGGCCUUGAAAGUCUUGACCCUCCUCUACGUGGGCGGGGCCUCCGGGGCCUUUCGCUUCCAGGCCUGCCAGCGCCUGGACGGCGAAGGCCGCACCAUCCCGGAGCACUUGGCCUUCCGCCCGCUCUUCCCGCAUCUGCUAUGUGCCGACGAUUCCGGCGAGGCAUUCCUCGUGGAUCUUGUUGGCGGGAUCACCUGCGUGGCUUACGGCAUUGUCAUUCCUUGCUGUUUUGCCGUGCUCUUCGCCAAACAGCAUGUGGUAAUGCAGCCGAGCAAGAUCUUCUUCGUCGCCUGCGACGAUGACAGUCAGGGAAAGGUGCAUCUGCGUCUUGAGUUUUGCGAGAAGUCCGCCACUUUCCAGGAAUCCAAAACGGCCAACCUGCUGGUGGCCGCUGCUGCGGCCCAUGUCGCCGUUCACAUUCGUGGAAAUGCAGCCGUGGAGUUGCACAAAGAUGAAGUGAUCGUGACAAGCUUGCUGGGAGACAGCACCCAACACCACACAGUUUCAGCAGAGAGUCUCAUUUUGCCGAUGACGCAGAAGCACACAAACAUACUGAACCGCAAUGCUAUGAUGCGCAUGCUCACCGAACGCAUUCUUCUGGAAGAGGCAGAAUCGGACAGAAUCAUGAGGGGUGCGAAGCGGCUGCUGUGCAAAUACGCCAGCUGCCGGAAUGUACGGAUGGAGGUGGUGCUGAAGCUUGCAUCCAUGGCCUUGGUCUCUGUCGUCACUGCGAGGGACGGCCCAUGGCUCUCCGUGGCCAUAUGCUUGGCCGUGGCUCUAGUCAUCGGCGUCGCGCGGCCCUACGCAAAGCCCCAGGUGAAUACGCUGCAGAGCUUCUCUUUUUCAUGCUUGUCGGUGGCUGCUCUGGGCUUCUCGCACCGCUUCGUCCAAAUCGCACGCCUGGCGCUGGUCGCACCGCUGCUGCUGGUGGUUGUGCAGCUCUUGCGCCCGGACUCCGCCGAGGGCCUGGCAUUGCGUCUUCAGGAGGAGCUGAAAGACAAGAUCCCUGAAAUGCAGAAGGGCGAACUGGUCGAAGUGAAUGCACAGCAACUGAGGCUGCUGUGA